AUGGAACAAUCACAGUGUCCUCUGAACGAAGCGAAUGGAGAGGAUGGACGUGCGCUGGAUCCCCCACAAACCCGCAGAAAAGUCCGUGCUGCCAGAGCCUGUACGGCUUGUCAUCAACGCAAGAUCCGUUGUGACAUUACAACCCGCGGCCUGCCUUGUACAAACUGCACCGACUACUCGACCGAGUGCAAGUCUCACGUGCCGAGGGCCCGGGUCUGGGUCAACCGAAGGCGAAGACGCCAAUCCUCUGAUGCUUCUAAAUCCGAAGUAGAGUUGGCAAACAAGGAGGACUCCUCCUGUAGCCCAUCGGAGAGGGUAACUGGCGCAGCCUCCACCACAAUCUCCGCCACAGAUGAAUCUCGGUCCCCGAGAGAGCGCAGUCCGCCUCGCAACCUGUGGAGCUCCAUGCUCCCGCCUGAGAUUCAACAUUCACUUCCGCAGUCUGAAUAUCUUGGUGAAUCGCUUGGUCUGUUUAUGCUCCAGCCUGAUCGUCGGGGUAUGGACAUAUAUCACCCGCUGUCUUGGGGGUCCAUAUCAACUCCAUCCGGGCUAGAUCCACUCCAGUUUGCAAUGUUGAAUCAGCAGGGAGCUUUUAUGCUUCCAUAUCAAGAGUUAUGUGACGAAUUGAUCGAGGAUUUCUUCGAGCGGGUCGCCCCAGUAGUCCCCGUCGUGAGCAGAACAGUAUUCAUGGCUCAGUAUAAAGGCAUGGAUGAAACGAAUCCCCCAUCCCUGCUUCUACUUCAAUCGAUGCUCCUUGCUGCAUCCAAGAUAUCGAGAUCUAGUCGCCUGCCGCAGGCCAUUGGUUCGAAUGCGGCUGCCUCAGCGCUUUUCUACAAACGCGCAAAAUCUUUAUACGACGCUGGUUUUGAAACCGAUCGUAUUGCCAUUUUACAAUCCGUCAUUCUCAUGGGCUGGUACUGUGAGGAUCCACGAGGUGUCGGUACAACCUUUUACUGGAGUAGAAUCGCCAUCGCUCUUGCUCAAAGCAUCGGAAUACACCGAAGUGUCACCAGCUCUGUCCUCUCUCUUCCCGAGAAACGACUUUACAAACGAAUAUGGUGGGCCCUCUUCACGAGAGACCGUCUGCUAUCCGUGUGUCUGGGACGGCCAAUGGCAAUCAAUCUUGCAGACUGUGACGUGGAGCUUUUACAAGACAAAGACUUUGACGAGGUCGAAGAUGGAGGCUCCCCUGGGCCUUACCCUUCGAACCCCGUCCACACAUCAUAUUUCACCCAAUACGUGAAACUGUGCAAAAUCAUGGGCGAGAUAUUCGCCACCUACUACUCUACUACGUCAAAGGUUGCCAACAAGGAUGCGUCAGAGACUCACCUGCAGUACGACCAGCGCUUGACGGAAUGGCUCCAGCAACGCCCGCCGGAGAUGAUCUGGGGAAAAGGGCCCCAUGAAUUCUGGGCAGCAAUCCUCCAUCUCCACUACUGUACUGCGAUAUGCCUUCUUCAUCGGGCUCACAUGCCAGCGGGCGCAGCAAAGUCUUCGUCAUCUUCCGAUAGCUCAUCCAGUAAUAUACACCUCUCUCGUGAGGCAGCAUAUGACGCGGCGAGCUGCAUCACUGAUAUUGUAGAGACGCUCAUGUCAUCUACCAAGCUGAACUUUGCUCCACCUUUUGUCGUAUACACCCUCUACUCUGCUCUCCUCGUGCACGUCCACCGGGUCCACGAAACCAGAAACUCCAACCUCUUCCUCGCAGCGCCCCGUGCCGGCGUCUGCCUCCGUGCCCUCCUUGAGCUGUCGACUACAUGGACAGUCGCGACCCUCAUGUACACCAUGUUCUCCCACCUGCUUACGUCUGACCUAAAGAGACGGGGGACCACCACCAACGGUGGUCAGAAUGACCCGUUGCCGGGCCAGCCUCACUUUACGGAGAUCAUGCCACAUAUGCGUCCGGGUGACGAUGUUUCGUUUUCGAAUGUUGAUCCAAGUCUGGUGGCGACUGGGAACUUUGAUCUGCAGAUGAUGGGCCUUUUGCCGUCGGAGGGUGGGGGUUUUACCUUGUAGCACGGAUUGGGUAGGGAGGAUGUACAUAUGUCAGGCUAGGAAACAUACCCUAUUCUACAUCAAGUGUACACUUUAUACGGA